AUGUGCCCGCAGCAGCACCGAAUCGCAGCGGCUGCGACAGGCUGUGACACCUCAGGCUGUGACACCCCCGCAUCGGGUGUGCACAGCCACGCACCCGGCGAGGCCAUGGGCUUUGGUGGGCCCCUCAUCAUCCCAUUCAGCGUCAGCAGCAGCGCAGGCAGGAGCAUCACGGGCGGCAGCCCGGCGCCGCCUUACGCCUGUGCGUCGGACGGCGGCGGCGUGGGGCCUCGCGACGCGCCCCUGCCGGGCGCGUUUGACGCGUCAGCCCUGACGACCGCCGGCGCGCAGCAGCUGCGGCAGCUGCAAGCAGCCGCCGGCGCCGGCCCAGAUCUCAUAGCUGCCGCCCAGCGCGGCGACGUGCGGCUCGCACCCGCGGGCGCUGGCACGCCCCGCGGCGGCGGCUCGGCGGCCGUCGGCGGCGCGUGCAUCCAGAAGGCGCCGGCUUGCCCGGGGUCGGCCUGUCCCACGCGCGGCGCCGGCAUCCUGAGCUUUGAACCCGGCAGCGUCGACCUGAGCGGGGGCCACCUGCAGCUGUACGCCGCCACAGCACACCCACACCAACCCCACCACGGGCUAGCACAGGGCUGGGCCGAGGGCGAGAGUGAGGGGGUCGCGCCGAUGGCACCCCUUCCCCGCGCGACCGGCGGCGCCGCCAGGUUGGGCGAGGCGCCGCCAGCGGGGGCCGGGUCGGGUGAAGCCGGGCAGCGUGCAGCGCCGGCGCUGGCUGUUGAACUUGGGGUGAGCAUGGCGUCCCUGGAGCGGCUUUUCAGGGCGGACGGCGCCGCUGGCUGCGACCAGCCUGUGUGGAUGGCGGUCAACCUGCAG